AUCCCAAUGAAAAAUUCCUGAGUAGCACUGAUGACAUCCUUUUUUAUUGUGUUCCAGCAGGUUCUGAAGAAGCAUCCAUAGAAGCUAUCUGGACCGGGGGCACUCCCAGGGUUGAGAGACCAAACAGCCUCUCUAAUCUCAUCUUCCAGAGGGCUAGGGUCUUUCUCAUAUUCAUCCUGAGCAAACCUGGCUUUUUCUUCAGCUUUCAUAAAGUUAGAGAAAAUAUUUCCAAAAGUUUCAAUGUUCCACUUCUUUAAGACUUGUUUAAGCCCCUUGAGUUUGAGGCCCAGACCAAUCAUACCUCCAUAAUUGUGAUUUUUGCUCCAGAAAUCAUGAACCAAGUUAUGGAAAGUAGGGUGGUUGGUCCAAGAGUUAAUGAAUUUGAAUGGUUUUGGCCCUCCUUUGUCUUCUUUAGUGCAUUGUAAAAGUAGGGGUUUAUGGUCAGAAGUAGCUUUGCUGAUGUGCUUUACAGAGAUAUCAUCAUAAUGAACCAGAAUUUUGUUGUUCACCAACACUCUGUCUAGCCUUCUGUAGACCAUACCAUUCCUCCUUCCCCCAGACCAAGUGAAGGCAGAACCUAUAGUUGGGGGGUAGUGAGAUCACAGGAUUCCAUGCACUCUUUGAAAUCAUCCAUAUCUGAUUGCUUGGGGAGGUGAUUAGAGUGAAUUCAGAUCCUGCCACAGUUUCCUCCUUUCUAAGCCUGAGUGCUUACCAUAUACAGUGUGGGGGGUCGGAGGGAUUGGUAAGAUUAACCUUGUCACCCAAUAAUUCACUCUCCACAUUACAUGGAGAUAUGCCCGUCUUACCCUUGCCAGAGGGAGCUUUUCCGGUGGGUAAAUGGUUUUGGUUUAGAGCAUGAAAAUCAUGCUUGUGACCAAGCUUUUUGCAGAGGGUGCAGUACAGAGGUCUAUCUUCAUACCCACAAUUGGUCUCCCCAAUAAUGAACUAAUGGUGAAAAGAGACUAGAAGUCAAUGAGGUAAUGGAAAUUUCUUGGGUCUCAUUGAGAUGUUACAAGAGUUUGAUCUAGUUAUUCGAGAGCAUGUUCGACGAAUCACAAAUGAUGAGCUUCAUGUGCAUUAUCUCGGGCACAAGAUCCAGAAUGAGCUCAUACUUGAUUUAGCCCAAGAGAUUAAGAAGGAAAUCAUCAAGAAGAUAAAGGAAGCCAAGUACUACUCAAUCAUACUUGAUUGUACCCCUGAUAUAAGUCACCAAGAGCAGAUGAGUAUGAUAGUGAGGUAUUUAAAUUUUUCAGGUAAUUCUAUUACUGUGGAAGAGUCCUUUUUAGGCUUCUUAAAUGUUAAUGAUACCACCGGAAAAGGACUAUUUGAUGUCACAAUUGAGGAGUUAAAGUCUCUUGGUCUUGAAAUUGAUGAUAUUCGUGGUCAAGGUUAUGAUAAUGGGGCAAAUAUGAAAGGAAAACACCAAGGAGUUCAAAAAAGAUUUUUGGAUGUCAAUCCUAGAGCAUUUUACACUCCUGGUUGUCAUUCUCUUGAUCUUACAUUAUGUGAUAUGGCUCAGAGUUGUGUUAAAGGGAAGAUUUUUUUUGGAGCCAUCCAAAAAAUUUAUACUAUCUUUGCACAUUCAAUUAGUCGGUGGCAAAUUUUGAAAGAUAAUGUUAAAGGUUGGAGUCUUAAGCCAUUAUCUCAAACUCGUUGGGAAAGUCAUGUUGAGAGUAUUAAGGCAAUUAGAAUGCAACUUGCCGAUGCACAAGAAGCUUUGCUUGAAGUUGAAGAAAAAGAUAGUGAUAGUACAAUUGUUCAUACAACAAAGUCACUAGCAGAAAAUCUUAGUGAAUUUGAGUUUUUGGUAUCAAUUGUUAUUUGGUAUCAAAUAUUAAACCAGGUAAAUAUACUGAGCAAGAAGUUACAAUCAAAGGAUAUGCAUCUUGAUAUUGCUAUUAAAGAGAUAAAUGGAUUGAUUGACUACUUCAAGGGUUAUAGAGAAACUGGUUAUUCAAAAGCAAUUGAUGAAGCAAAGGAGAUAGCUGCUGAAAUGGAUAUACCUUCGAUAUUUCCAGAAAAGCGUUUGAUUUGAAGGAAAAAAGGAGUUGAUGAGAGUUCAAGUAGCGAAGAAGUUUCAUUUACAAAUGAAGAGAAUUUCAGGGUCAAUUUCUUCUCUUAUGUUGUGGAUACAGCCAUAUCUUCUCUUGAGAUGAGAUUUGAACAAUUCAAAGACUAUGAGAGAUUAUUUGGGUUUUUGUUUUCACAUAAGUUGAGUGGAAUUGAAGAAAAAGAGCUUAAGUUG